AUGAAUAUAUCAGGGACCCUCAACGUGUUCCGCCUGCUAAGGGAACCAACUUUGUGCUUACCUCAGCAUACAGUCUCGACCUUCAAUCACCUGCCAAUUCCUCUGUCAAAAGCAUUUCCAAGAAAGGAUGGCGCAAAUGGGCAGAAAGAAGCCGAUAUUCGAGCGGUAGUCCUAGACAAAGACAACUGCUUCGCCGUUCCACAUACCAACGAGAUACACAAGCCCUAUGAGGACCAUUUCCAGCGCCUCCGACGCGCAUAUCCUGGCACAAAGCUGCUCAUUGUUUCAAACACAGCCGGUACCUCCUCUGACAAAGACCAUGCCGAAGCUGCUAUUCUGGAAGCCAAUACCGGCAUCAAAGUCCUGCGUCACUCGACCAAGAAGCCUGGCUGCAAAGAAGAAGUCAUGGCUUACUUCACGGCGCAUCCAGAGUCUGGAGUCACAAAGCCUGAGCAGAUUGCAGUUGUGGGAGAUCGUCUGAGUACAGACAUCAUGAUGGCAAACCUGAUGGGUAGUUAUGGUGUUUGGGUCAGAGACGGUGUGCAAGGAAGGGGAUUCAGACUUAUCGUACUGCUGUUCUGCACGGGCUUCCCCUAUUUUGGGUACGAAAUAUACUUCGCCAAGGAUAGUUUCGCUGUUCCUAGGGUUGCAGUGUGGUUAAUGAUAACUAUGGGAUUCGGGAUUGUGGGGUCAUUGUACCAGAUGAUUGGCUUUAUUUUUAAGGCACCAUUUUAUACGGGCGAAGUUCGUGUCGAGCAAGGUGGCCAACGUCUCUACUGGGUACCCAUCUCCAACCCUGCCUUUGCAAUCUUACGGUCGUUGUCAACAGUGAUGGCAUUGUAUCUUGUCGGCAUCGUGAUAUUCAAUCUUGAGGUCCUGUUGGUUUUCCCUCUCAUCGUUAAGCAGCGUGCCUAUUCGUACAUAUAUCGAGAGCUCGCUACCCCGAUGAUAGGACCUGUGUUUAUGACGCAGAUGAAGCAAUUCGGUAUUUUGAUGUUAGAUGGCUUUGUUACGCCAUGGACUUGGAUUGGAGGGGCAAUGGGACACCGACUUAGUGAGCCUCUCCCAUCUAUGUUCCGUUGGGGAUAA